UGUUUCUGAAUGAUGAUAUUCAGAGGAGAGAAAACAGGAACCGUGUGGAUCUCUGACCGACAUGCCUCUCAUUACUGACAGAAAAUACAUGCAGUAGAUCUUCUGAUGGGAUGGUUUCUUGCAGCCAUUAUCCUUUUCUAAUGCUGUUAUUCUCCUAUGUGAGGCAGAUCUUCCCUCAGUAAUUCAUUGUAGGCUCGGAGGCGGUUGUCCUGAUGAAGUGUCGGCAGAGGGAGGAGGAAACCAAAGAGAGGAAGGAAACGAGGAUAACGUCACAAGAAGCAGAAUCGGAGUAAAACGGACUGAAUAGUAUUUAAUGGACAGUGCUUGAUGCGGGCCAGGGGACCGAGUUGCUCAAUUGUGUUUGUUUACGUCGCAUUUGGACAAAGAUGUGUUUGUUAACUGAUCGGGCGUGAAAAAAAAAAAACCUUUUCGAGGAGGAAACGGCAACACAGCAGCAGAUUUCAUCUUUUUUCAGCAGGCUCCACCACAGCAGAGAAAUGGAAAUGUGUGUAGCCCUCCUGCGUUUGCCUGUUCGCUGAAGGAUUUGGAAAUAGCCUAAUCGUGACACACGGAGCUUUAAGUGGAUCUCAUUUUUUUUAAUGAGCAGAAAAGACUAAAUCCUCCAGCGGAUUUUUUUUUUGUGGGGACGCUGCCUUCGGUUUUUUUUGUAACGGCAGAGGGGGAAAAAGCAGCAAAUCAUCGGGAGAAUUAACAGGUGACAGCUUGAAAAAUCCAAGAUGAGUGAGUUGGAGCAACUUCGCCAGGAGGCUGAGCAGCUUAGGAACCAGAUACGAGAUGCCAGGAAAGCAUGUGGAGACUCAACCCUGACACAGAUAACUGCUGGUCUGGAUCCUGUGGGGCGGAUCCAGAUGCGGACGAGGCGCACCCUCCGAGGCCAUCUCGCUAAGAUCUAUGCCAUGCACUGGGGCACUGACUCAAAGCUUCUGGUUAGUGCCUCUCAAGAUGGAAAACUGAUCGUGUGGGACAGCUACACCACUAACAAGGUAAAGUCAGCUGACUUAUUCUGCUUAUCGAAAUACAUUUUAACACUAAAGCAUGCACAAAAAGGCAAUUUCGUCUCACAGGGAGGGUUGAACUCCAGGAGAAGUGGGAAAGGGAAAACCCCCAAAAACUCCCCCUGACGCCUGUCCUCUGUUCUCUCAGGUUACCUGUCAUGUUGCCGUUUCAUCGAUGACAAUCAAAUCAUCACGAGUUCAGGAGACACCACCUGUGCACUGUGGGACAUCGAGACGAGUCAGCAGACCACAGUGUUCUCGGGCCACAGUGGAGACGUCAUGAGUCUGUCUCUGUCGCCCGACCUGCGCACCUUCGUGUCCGGAGCCUGCGACGCCUCGGUCAAACUGUGGGACAUCAGAGACAGCAUGUGCCGGCAGACCUUCACGGGCCACGAGUCGGACAUCAACGCCAUCUGUUUCUUUCCCAACGGCAGCGCCUUCGCCACCGGCUCGGACGAUGCCACCUGCAGGCUGUUCGAUCUCCGUGCCGACCAGGAGCUCAGCCUCUAUUGCCAUGACAACAUCAUCUGCGGCAUCACCUCCGUGGCUUUCUCCCGCUCCGGCCGCCUGCUGCUGGCCGGUUACGACGACUUUAACUGCAACAUCUGGGACGCCAUGAAGGGAGACAGAGCAGGGGUCCUGGCCGGCCAUGACAAUCGUGUGAGCUGUCUGGGUGUGACGGAUGACGGUAUGGCGGUGAGCACCGGGUCCUGGGACAGCUUCCUCAAGAUCUGGAACUGAGCUGUGCACACCGACAGCAACACACACACACACACACACACACACACACACACACACACACACACACACACACACACACACACACACACACACACACACAUAGUUUUUCCUGCGAGACACUGCUCCUCCAGUUAAACAGGGGAGAAGACGUUAUUGGACAACUCUGUCUUUGUUUACAAUGAAGUCCAAAAUGCACUUCAGACAAAACAUUUCUGUACUAUUUUUGUCUCGGUAGCACAUGUAUCUCUGCGACACUAAUGUGAAGGAAGUGAGGAGAGAGUCAUGUGAGUCCAUCAACACUGAAAAAAGAGGAGAAUAUCAACUCUUAUUUUCAUCUGGCUCGAGACAUUAUGUAGUCACUGUUUUUAUAGAUACGUACCCCCCACACACAGUACAUCUGCUCUUCUUGUUUUAUUUUUUACACUUAUUUUAUUCAUGUUCUCCCUGUGUGCCUCAGAUACACUUUAAGGAUUAUUAAUAGAGAAUAUUGAUACAGUUAAAUUAACAUUAAAAAAAAGAUCUGAGAUUCAAAAAAGGUGGGUGAAAAAAUAAAAGCAUUAUAAGACACAUCUUAAUAAAGCAGGAGCCAGUAUUCAUACUUUGACUUUGUCAAUGUAUUAUCUGGACUUUACGAUGGUAUAAUUGUACAUAAUAUUAAUAAAUAAAUAGCCUCUCCUGCCA